AUGUACAAAGAAGUUUUAUUUGCAGUUAAAGUCACUGAAGGCGUUACUAAUAUGUUCCCUUCCUCAGUUGGAGUAAAACAAGGCUGCAUUCUAAGUCCUACCUUGUUUUCUUUUUAUAUAAAUGAUUUAACCUCAAUGUUUGAUAACACAUGUGAUCCUGUAACAUUACAUGACAUAAAAUUGUCUAGUGUUUUAUAUGCUGAUGACUUAGUAUUAAUAUCAGAAUCCUCAGAAGGUUUACAAAAUUGUCUAAACAAGUUAAAUACUUAUUGUGAAAAAUGGAACUUGACUGUCAAUCUUGACAAGACAAAAACAAUGAUAUUUAAUAAAAGUGGUAAAAAACUUACAAAAGACCAGUUUGUAUUGAAUAAUGAACUAAUUGAAUGUUGCACAGAAUAUAAAUAUUUAGAACUUAGAAAGUUUGCCGAAUAUUGUGAAUUUGGGAACUUAAAUGAAUCUUUAAGAGACCAGUUUGUGGUUGGACUUAAAGAUGAACAGACACAAAAGAAACUGUUAACUGUGCCGGACUUAACUUUUGUGAAAGCUAUCGGAAUUGCUAUAGCCGUAGAGACUGCAAACAAAGAUGCAAUUGAGUUAAGAGGGAAAUUCAACACCGAAAGUUCUGUAAACAGGAUACAACGACAGCAACGUAAACCGCCACCAAGUACAACAGAUAGACAAAAAUCGUUCGUAUGCUACCGAUGUAAUGGAAAGAAUCACAAAGCAGAUACAUGUAGAUUUAAAGACGCGGUGUGUCACAGCUGUAAUAAAAAAGGGCACAUUCGUAAAGCGUGUAGAUCAUCCGGUAAACCGAAACAAAGACCGGCGCAAAAGAAUGUUAAUUCCUUGGAUAAUCAAUCACGGGAAUACACAAGUGAUGAGGAUGAUUACUUAGGAAUUCACAGUGUUAAAAAUUCCAAUCAGGAUUCAAUUUGGAUUACGCCAAAUGUGCAUGGAAAAGAAAUUAGAAUGGAGCUGGAUACAGGUUCAGCCGUGUCAGUAAUUUCUGCUGUGGAUUACGACAAGUAUUUUCAAAAUGAAAAACUUGAAAGUGCAAAUGUCACCCUGAAAACGUAUUCAGGAGAGUUGUUAAUUCCAACUGGAUAUAUGAAUGUGCAAGUUAAAUAUAAUGGUCAAUGUGAAAAUCUUAAAUUGUAUGUAGUGCAAAAAGGUGGCCCUGCAUUGUUUGGGCGUGAUUGGUUAAGGAAAAUCAAUUUAGAUUGGAAAAAUCUCAAGUGGAUUAAUAAAAUUUCAGUAUCAAGAAAUUCAAAUGAAAAGCUGGAUUUAUUACUGAAGGAGUAUUCAAAUGUAUUCCGUGAGGGAAUAGGGUGUGUUGCAGAUAUAAAAGCACAUCUCACGUUAAAAGAAAAUGCUUCACCGAAAUUUGUAAAAGCUAGACCGGUGCCAUUUUCAGUCAAACCGCAAGUGGAGCGAGAGCUAAUAAGGCUUGAAAAGGAAGGAAUAAUUUCAAAAGUCGACACAAGUGAAUGGGCAUCACCAAUUGUCCCCGUUAUGAAAUCAAAUGGUACAAUUCGUAUAUGUGGAGAUUUCAAAACCACCGUGAAUCCUAUGCUUAAUGUGGAUCAGUACCCGCUUCCGCGGACCGAUGAGAUAUUCGCUACUCUCGCAGGAGGACAGAAAUACACGAAACUGGAUCUCCGUAAUGCAUAUUUACAUAUGGAGGUAGACGAUGAGUCAAAACCAUUGAUGACAAUCAAUACACACAAAGGACUGUAUCGUUAUAAUAGGAUGUUAUUCGGAAUUGCGUCAGCACCAGCUAUAUGGCAAAGAACAAUGGACCAGGUAUUAAAUGGACUUGAUGGUGUACAAUGCAUGUUGGACGACAUGAUUAUAACGGGCCCUGAUGACGAAACACACUUACAAAACUUGAAAAAUGUGUUACAGAGACUUCAGAACUAUGGUUUAAGGGCAAACUUGCAGAAAUGUUCUUUCCUCAAGGACAAAGUCAUAUACUGCGGACAUGAAAUUAGUGCAGAUGGACUCAGGAAAACUACAGACAAAGUACAAGCUGUAAUGGAAACUCCGACUCCGAAAAAUGUAAAGGAUGUACGUGCAUUCUUAGGACUAAUAAACUAUUAUCACAGAUUUAUGCCUAAUUCAGCAACUGUACUUAAACCAUUGAAUCAACUGCUAGAAAAAGAGCGAAUAUGGCGCUGGACAGACGAUUGUGAAAAGGCCUUCAAAAAGGCAAAGGAGCUUAUUACGUCAGACCAAGUGUUAACACACUACAACCCCGAAUUACCAGUCCGUUUAGCGUGUGAUGCUUCGCCAUUCGGACUUGGAGCAGUGUUAUCUCACGUUAUGCCAGAUGGAUCGGAAAGACCAAUUUCUUUCGCAUCGAGGAGUCUUACAAAAUCCGAAAAGAACUAUGCACAAAUCCAAAAGGAGGCGCUUGGAAUAGUGUGGGGAGUGAAGAAAUUUAACACAUUUCUGUACGGUAGGAAAUUUUCUUUAAUUACUGAUCAUCAACCUUUAACAGCAAUUUUUAAUCCUGAAAAAUCAAUUCCUGUAACUACCGCCGCUAGGUUACAGCGUUAUGCUAUUUUUCGCUCUGGAUUUACAUACAACAUCGAAUACAAAAAUACAAAGAAACACAAUAAUGCAGACGCAUUAUCGCGACUACCGAUGCAAAGUGACAUGAACAUUAACAGUGAAGACGCAGAUGAUCUUUUUCACGUGUUACAAAUUGAGGACCUUCCAAUUACGAGCGCCGAAAUUCAACGUGAAACUCGAAAAGAAAAGGUAUUAGCAUCAGUUUUGUACCAAGCAAUGAAUGGAUGGGAAAUAACGGACGAUUCGUUAAUAAAACCUUAUUUCACUCGCAGAAAUGAAUUAACUGUUAGUCAUGGUUGCCUUCUGUGGGGAAUAAGAGUCAUAAUUCCGAUUAAAUUCAGGAAUCGAAUUCUAGAAUUACUUCAUAGUAGUCACCCGGGAAUGGUGAAAAUGAAGGCGUUGGCCAGAGGGCAUGUCUGGUGGCCCGGUAUAGACAGUGACAUUGAACAUUUAGUCAAAAGCUGCACUGGAUGCCAGAUAAAUCAGCACGCACCAGCACUAACACCGUUACACCCAUGGGAAUGGCCCGAGACACCAUGGCAACGAGUUCAUAUAGACUACGCAGGACCGUUUAUAAACAGAAUGUUUUUUGUUAUGGUGGACGCGCAUAGCAAGUGGCCUGAGGUUUUCGAAAUGAAAUCGAUUACAGCAACAAAAACAAUUGACAUUAUGAGACAAGUAUUUGCUAGAAAUGGAGUACCUGCUCAUAUUGUAUCGGAUAAUGGACCAAGUUUUGCAUCCGCAGAAUUCGCAGAAUUCUUGAGACAAAAUGGAAUAAAACACACGAAGUCAGCACCCUAUCAUCCAGCAACAAAUGGACUUGUUGAGAGAUUUAUUCAAACAUUUAAACAGUCAAUGAAAGCAAUGAAAUGGGAAUCUGGUGAUGUAAACAAAAAGAUCGCAAACUUCUUGCUGACGUAUCGCCAGACACCACACACUAGCACCCACGAAACACCAUCAAAACUGUUUCUAGGAAGGGACUUAAGAUCUAGACUUCAUUUGUUAAAACCAAACUUACGAAACACCGUUAGAGUGAGCCAGGAAAAAUCUUGCGAAAUAAGAAUGAAUAAGAAGGAUAGACAAUUUGAAGUAGGCGAAAGAGUUAUUGCAAAGGACUAUAGAGGAAAAGAUCCGUGGGUAGCAGGAAUUAUAAGCGAGCGUGAAGGACCACUCAUGUAUAAAGUUUCAACCGACAACGGACACACAUGGAGAAGGCAUACAGAACAAUUAAAGUCUACUCAAAUGCCAAAAUCGUAUGAACAAUCAAUCGAAAACGAUAACAUUAUAGUUGACAAUACGGAGACACGCACACAACAACAUGUGGCCGAAAAAUCACCGGAACAAACCAAAAACAAUGAAAUGUCAAUGCCGCGACGAAAUCCAAUAAGAGAACGAAAUCCACCAAAAAGAUUAAUUGCCGAAAUGGAAUAG